UACAGCUUAUGGCAUACACUGUAUCACCUGGGGAGCUCAUACAGUAACGUACAUUCUUAUUGUGCGUAAUUCAUAUCGCGUAUAACAAGGGAACGCUACUUCAAAACAGACACGUUAGUGGAGUUUAAAAACACUUGCACUAAUUGCGAAAGACAGCUUAUUAUUUCUUUUUAUGGAUUUUUGAACACAGUGAAGGACCUAGGAUCAUGAUGUAGACCUCGGUUUUGAAAUAGGGAUUGACCAUUUUAGACAUCGAGUGAUUGAAGUUCGAGCUAGACUGGGCUCGUUACCGGUUAGCAGAGGCUUGACACGCGGAGGAGUGCCCCGCUAGACUACGAAGAUACGGAGUCGAGUGGACGAAGCCAACGGGCAGCCGCUGCUUAGUAUGAGCUUAUCGGGCUGCCCGCACGUAGCUGCCUUCAAGAAGAGCAAAGGAACAAAGCCGUUUAGAAUUAUUCAAGCUUUCUUUGUGUCAUGUAGCUCUGUCGAAAAUGUUAAGAGAAAAGCUCGGGCAGGUAGCUGUCACGUAUGCCAGCAGUGUAACCAACGUCUUCAUGCGUGCCUAACUUGUGUGUUCUUCGGCUGCUACACCAUGGGCCAUAUACAAGACCAUGCCAGAUCCACCAAGCACAAUCUUGCCGUAGACAUGACUCACGGGACAGUUUUCUGUGUGCCGUGUGGAGACUACGUCUACGACUCUGAGUUUGAACAGAUAUCACAGGAGGAGAGAUUAAAUUGUUCAAAAUUCCAUGGUUCUAGUGUUCAAGGCUUCUCUGCAUGGGAAGCCACAGGCUAUGAGAUAGAGCUUCUCAGGAGGAACCCUACCAGAAAGAAAGUAUCAGGAAGCUCUACAAUAGGUCUACGGGGGCUGAUCAACCUAGGUAACACAUGUUUCAUGAAUUGCAUCGUUCAGGCUCUGACCCACACUCCUCUUCUCAGGGACUUCUUCCUUUCAGACAAGCAUCACUGUGAAAACGAACGCAGUAGAGAUAAUUGUCUUGUGUGUGAAAUGACCAGGGUAUUUCAGGAGUUCUAUUCUGGAAUCCGCUCAGUGCACAUUCCUUAUCGGUUACUACAUCUGGUUUGGACUCAUGCAAGGCAUCUAGCUGGCUACGAGCAGCAAGAUGCCCAUGAAUUCUUCAUUGCUGCAUUAGAUGUCUUACACAGACAUUGUAAAGGGCACAAUGGAGCUUCAGGCAAUAACCCAAAUCAUUGCAAUUGUAUCAUUGACCAAAUCUUCACUGGAGGGCUGCAGUCUGAUGUAACUUGCCAAGCAUGCAAGGGUAUAUCAACAACAGUAGAUCCAUUUUGGGAUAUAUCUCUGGACCUGGGGCCGUCUAGUAGUAGCAAUAGUGCUCCCCUGCCUGUUCCCAUCAUCGUACCCACCCCUCUACCAGACUUCUCAUUAGACAGUAACUCUUCAGGUUCCAGUACUAGUAGUAGCAGUCUCCACAAUGGUGACUCAGGCCUUAUGUCACCCCCUGGGUUUGAUGACGUACCACAUUCCCUCGAUGAUUGCUUACGAAGAUUUACCCGUCCAGAGUAUUUGGGCAGCAGUGCAAAGAUUAAAUGCAGUGUUUGUCAGAACUAUCAGGAAUCUACCAAGCAACUCACCAUGAAGACGCUACCGCUGGUUGCAUGCUUUCAUCUCAAGAGAUUUGAGCAUUCAUCAAGGUUUAGGAAAAAGAUCUCUACAUUCAUCUCCUUCCCUCACGAGCUGGAUAUGACACCAUACAUGUCGACCCAUCGGAGAGCUAAUGGUCUAAGUCAUCAUCCUAGGUCAAACAGAACAACUACCUCAGAUAAUCAAUACUCAUUGUUUGCAGUAGUCAACCAUCAUGGGUCCCUAGAAGCAGGUCAUUAUACCUGCUAUGUCAGGCAACAUCAAGAUCAGUGGUUCAAAUGUGAUGAUGCCCUCAUCACUAAGGCAAGCGUUCAUGAUGUCCUGCAGAGCGAAGGGUACCUCCUCUUCUACCACAAGAGGAUUCUGGAGUAUGAGUGACACAGGAUGACAUACUAGCAUCUAGUUAGCAAGUAUUCUCCACCGCUCCACUCAUCAGGACAUGUUCGGAUGCAAUCAAAAACUAUUUCAAUUUUAUUUGUGUGUGAAACUAACUAUAAAGGCAAGAGACCAUUGAAGAGACGUGAAAUAUGCUUAGUGGUCGACGAGCUGUAAAAUUCUUGUAUUGUGGAAUUCCAAGCGGGACUGAGUAUGUGUUUAAUAGCCAGUCUGUCCUACCUUUCUCUGUAUGUGCAUAAGUCUGUCAUCAUAAUAAAAAAUGUUGUCUUCGUUGAAUGGAUAGCUGAGCACCAAAGCAAAGCACGAUUAGUUCACCGUCUUGGCUUCAUGUGCUCCUGAUGAUUCUCAUGCUUAUGAUGAAGAGAAGGCAAGAAAUUAUUAUGAAUCGAGGAAAAAAAUGUUUACUGUGAAUUUAGGUAGACCAAAAUGUCGUUAGUGCUGAUUCCCCAGCAUCGAGACAUCUCUACGUUGUCAUGUUUGGAAAGGAACCUGAGGUAGAUGUCUGCAUUGGGGAAAAGAUGUUGGAAGGAUGGGGGAUACGUUGCAUCGUUCUGUUUGAUACUGAAGGCCAUUUCCAACGAGCCAGCAAGCCAGCCAGCCAGCCUAAUGCCGCCUAUUGGGAACAUCCAUCACCAUUACAAGAUUCUCACAGUUAGUAGUGUGGUCUGCUGAAAUUUGAGCGGAGUCAUCAGGUUGUGUAGCAAAGUAAGAAUGGAUAUUAUCCCCCAUCCCCCAAAUAAAACAAUUUUAAAGAUGAAAAAUAAGCCCUUCUAUUUACUGUUUUGUUCUGUUUCUCAGCUUAUUUUCCACAAAAUCAGUGAAAGUUGCAAUGCACUCAUUAUUUUUUUUGUUUUUUUGGUGUCAGUUUUGGAAAGCAAUUAACUCGGUAUAUUGUGCACAGUUGCAUAACACGAUUGACGAGAACUACGAUAUUACCCAGUUUCUGAAGUAACACCUAUUAUUCCAAUGCUUUACAACCAACCCUUUCACUUAGGUCAAGGGAACAGUCCCAAAUUGAUAGACCAAGCCUAUGUAGUCUAUGUAUUUAAUGAUUCUCUUGGAAUUAAAUGUAUUUUGUACUUAUGAGCAUAUAUAUAUAUUUAGUAUUUACUAGGUCUAUGGUAACAAGUUACCUAUUCCUAGGGUUAUUUAUACAAGUCAUACAGGUAAGCCAGGUUUCUACACAGACUCAAUAUUCUGUACUUUAAACAUAUUCACAGCCACAUUGUUUAUCCAAAGCCAACAAAAAAUUGAUAUGAAUGUUUCAUUUACCGAGGAAUGAUAUCACUGUCAAUAUCAUUAUCAAAUCUUUUAUACCGCUAAUAUAUCUUUGCCAAAUUCCUUAUAUUGGUGAGUUAGUUUCAUUGAAGACAAAAAUAUUACAUAUAUUGUAUUCUUUUAAUCAUACCAAUUUAUAGUCAAUUCUGUUUGUUAUGCUGAAAUAGAAUGAAGCACAAUCAAGGAAGGACCAAGGUAGUUGGAUUGGAGAAUGUGAAUGAUGACUCUGUAAAAGUAAAUGUUCAUGUUAAGUUGUCUCACAAUUUAAAGUUUUUUAUAGCAAUAUGAUUUGUUUUUUAAUUCGUUGUUACAAAUGGAGGACCAAAGAAAGAGGGAUAAUGGCAUUUUACCUGGUGCUUGUCAACAAUGCUGUAUACCUCAUUGGUUUUUACUCUCCCACCCCCCUCCCCAACCCCCUCUCUCUCUAUAUCUCUCUCACUCACUCUCUCUCUCUCUCUCUCUCUCACUCUAUCUCUAUCUCUAUCUCUAUCUCUCUCUGUCUGUCACUCUCUCCCUCCUUCACUCCUUGUCUGUCUCUCUCUCUCCUUCUCUGCUGUCUGAAAAUUGAAUAGACCUACUUCUUUUUGUAUUUGACAAAGUUGACAUGGAAGUGUUACAAAAGAUGGCUCAUGGGCUGCCAUCCAUCCCUGCAGUCGGAGGGCAUUGUCAUCAAGCUUAGUUUGCACGUAGUACUGACAGUAUAUCACGGCACCUGAAUCAUGCAUGUGCGUGAAACACAAUGUUACGUAUAGGGUCUAGUUGGUCUAGUGGUCGCCACUCGCCUCUGAGUUGACCCCUCUGUCUUUGCCCAGAAACGUACUCUGAUAGACACCGGUUGCGUCUUUUGGAUGGUGACAUGAAAAGGACGAUCCUCAGACGUAAAUGAUCAUAUCCGGUUGACCUUGACCCACAACAUGAUAUAGAAUCCCAAUUACAUAGCUACAUUACAUGGUCAUUGUAGGAUAGUCUGUAGCGCUAUGCCGUAACUGCAUCUUGUUGACCUGACCUAUGGUCAUUUGAAUUAGACCUUGUAAAACACCUGGAAAAUCGCAGGGACAGGUUAUGCAGAAUUUGAUAUCGAUUAAGAUAAUGAGGUACAGUAUUUAUUCAAUAAUUUUGAGUUUGUAUCAAACUAAAAAGGGUUAAUUAAAUAUGGAUCCUAAUGGAGACUUUGUGACUCUUCUCACUCAAAUUGCUGCAGGAAAUGGUGAGAUAUUUCUAAGGUAUAAUUUUUCUUUCCCAAUAUAAUGAUUGUUUUCUGUUUGUUUCUUUGUAUAAAUUUGCAUGAAUUGUUUAUUAAUGAUAUUGGGGGUCCCUUUAUACCCACCUUGCCUAUGAUUUUGAUAUUUUACUUCAUUUUUUUAAAUUCUUGUUUUAUAUUAUGAUUUUUACAUCCUUGUAGAAUCAGAAAUUCAGUAUGAGUAAGUGGUGGAUUGAUAUAAAUGAGAUCAUCAGUCAAACUGGCCAUUAUAUGUAGUUACACUGAAUUACUUGCGAGGAAAGGGUGACUAUAACUACAAUGACAUCAGGUUCUUCAGAAAACCUUUACUUUAUACAUGUAGAUUAAUUAAAGGCUCUAUGUCCUAUUUGCAGGCCAACAAAAUGAAAAGGUUAAAUUCCACUGGCAUUUGGAAGAUCAUACUAAUUUAGAGCUUCCCUCAAAACGAAAGGGCUUGAAAAUGUCUUUUUGCGGGAAAAUAUAUUUAAGAUAUUGACCUUUUUAAUUGUCUAUCCCUGAUUUUGAAUUUCUGUACUAUUUUUUUCUUCUAUUUGUUUUGUAUCUCAGGUGCUAUAAGCAUGUACUGAUUAUAUUGUUCUAAGUAUUUUGUAAUGGUUUUUAUUAGAGUACCAAGUAUCUCAACACAAAUGACUGAUUGCAAAGUCCACUUUUAUCUCUUCAUUGAUUUUUAUUUUCUCUUUUAUUUUCUUCUUAAUUUUAUUUCUUUUCAUGGGCAUCAAUGAGGAUUGUUUGUGAAUCCUCUUUUUCAGGCAUGGUGGUAUCAUAUACCCCUGAGAUAUCUGUUAUUUUGUUGAACCAUUGUUGAUGGAGUCUCGUCAAUGCAGGACCUAAUUAUUAUUUCAAUGCAUAUGUUUAAAACCAAGUCCUACCAGAUGUGAAAGGUACCUGACAUUUUUAUCUGAGUUGUAUUUUGAAAAUGGGAUAAUCCUUGAAUUUUUCUAUUUGACUUCAAAUUUUGAAAUCAUAAUUUAUUUUUGUUUUUAUUUGUGUUAUUUCAUUAAUUUAUUUCAUCCACUGCAGAAUCCGAGUGGGAUAGAUCUUUGUCACAAUAAUGCUACUGAAUUCCAUCAUUUGCGAACAAAUUGAAGCCUCAAUUUUGUAGAUUUGUGGAUGAUUGGUAAUUUAUUCUGAAUGGUUGAAAUGGAAGGGGAAAUUAUAUGUGAAAUUAAUUUUGCUUGACAUGCUCAUUCAAAACUCAAAACACCUUUGUUUUUUUAAAUCUUGUAAUCAUGCUAAUAUCAUGACAAGUAACAUUUUGCAAAGCAUUAGUGAAUGUUGAGCAAAUAGUCAAUAUAUGUAUCUUUUACCACACAAGUGUAUUAGAAUAACAAUAUAAACAACUUUUGUAAGAAUAUCAGUCAUUUUUGCCAUUAGUAUGCACUUUUUGUGUCCUUUGUCUGUCUUACUAAUAUGCCCUCAAACAAGGCAUUUUAUCUACAGUUGUCUCUCUCGACCCGGGUUUAUUAAGUGACCCAUUAACUGAUUACAUGGUAGGAAGAAAUCUCCUUCAAUGUGGUGAGAAAGGUCUAUAAUGGCUGAUUUUCACUUUGUUCCAUCAGCGAAAAGCACUUCUGCAGAUCCAACAAACGUGGUUAUGAAUACUAAAUUUCACGACUUGUUCUGUAUGUGUGUUAUACAUGUAUCCCAUUUACACAAGUAUUAGACUAUAAAGGAUCAUGAAGAUAAUGAUAGGAGUAUAGAGAAAGAGGAAAGAGCUAUAUUGUAAUUUAAAUUGAGUCAAAACUGGAAUUUCCAGCCAUCCGCUUUACAUAGAGCAUUGCUGAUGGAAAAAAUUGUUUUAUUGCUUUUGUAUUCUUCAAUGGCUGAGACUUAGUCAAUCAAUUCGCAUAGAGCAAAAAAAAAGCUCUUUAAUGGAUUCCUUCAUGACACAAUGCUUGAUGUCAUGCUUGGAUUAUUGAAAUAUUGAUUUCCAUUUUCUUUUGGCAAGAAAAAGAUAGGAAAAUAAUAUUUUUUGCAUGAUAUAAUAUUGAUUGUUAUGUUAUUUUUUGUUGUUACCUGUCUUGUUUUUGCUCUUUAAUGAUUGAAGAGGUAUCCAAAUGCAUUCAGUAAAGGUAAUAUCCAUUUAAGAAAUGGUCAAUACUUAUUUUGAAAUAUGACAUUAAAAUUGAAUAUGUAUAUGUCAACUGA